AGCAUGACGAUUGGUUCUAUAGUAUACCGAAAUGUGACGCGGCGUUUCUCCACGCUCUUCCUUGCUGCAACUUUUGGUGCCUUUCUCAUGAACUACACCUUUGACGCUGUUACUGAUGGUUUCUGGGAUAGGGUAAAUGCUGGGAAGCAAUGGAAGGAUAUCAAGGCCACGUUGGAGUAG